AUGGCGUCGGUGACUUCGCUAGACAAGGACCUGCGCAAUAUGCGCUUGUCCCGCUAUACCCCGCAGGCAGCCGCAGAGGUACGCGAUUGGAUUGAAGAGGCCUUGCAUGAGAAGCUGCCCUCGGGAGACUUACUAGAGGGCUUGAAGGAUGGCGUGGCUCUGUGCAAGCUAGUCAACAUGACCGUAUCGCCCGGAGUGAAGUUUAAGCAGUCCGCAAUGCCAUUCGUCCAGAUGGAAAACAUCUCACACUUCCUGCGCGCCUGCCAAACUGCUCCUAUCAGCCUUCCUCCGCACGAUGUCUUCCUUACCGUUGACCUCUACGAAGCGAAGGAUCCCGCCCAAGUCCUGCAGUGCCUGGCUGCAUUUAGUCGCAGAGCGAAUGCGCUUCAGCCCGGAAAGUUCCCACGCACCGUCGGACCGCAAAGUAAGCGCGGAGUCUUGAGUCCUAGUGCCACGGGAUCCUCGAGCCAAGGAUCUUAUACGCGCGGGGGUCGUGCCGCGAGCAAUGCCAGCGAUGCCGCUCCGGGUCGGCCCGUGAGUCCAACCAAAUCGUCUGGAGGGUAUAGCUCAUGGAGUAGGAGAGACGAUGAAGCAUCUACCGCGCCGGCUUGGAACAUCCACCAAUAUGGCUACAUGGGCGGGGCUAGUCAAGGGAACCAGGGAAUUGCGUUUGGCGCUCGGCGACAAAUCACUUCCGCAUCUCCAACCGUUCCAAGCCUCGCUGAGAAGGAGAAGCGCAGGCGCGAAGAAGAGGAGCUGGCUCGUCAGCAGGAAGCAGAGAGGGAGCAAGCUGAGCGCAUUCGCCAACGAGAGAUAGAAGAGCAGGAGGCCAAAGCCAAAGCAGAAGAGGAGCGGCGCUGGGAAGAAGAGACCAAUCGUUUACGGGAGAAGGAGCGGCUGGAGAUGGAGGCUGAGAAGAAGCGAUGGGACGACGAGAAGCGACACUGGGAUGAAGAGGAGCAACGGCGACUCGCCGAGGAGAAGGAGGCUGAAGAGCGUCUUGAGAGAGAGCGGGAACGCCGUCGCGAGGCCAAUGAUUCUCGCCUGAAUGGGCAAUUCCUUAGCCAAUAUCAAGCUGGCCAAGCUUCCGCAAAUGGCGGGUCUCCUGAUGAAACGCCCGAAAGCCGUCGGAUCAAAGAGCUCGAGCGGGAGUUGGAGCAAGCCAAAGCGCGUGAGCGCGAAUAUGAGGCUGGCCGCCGAAACUCUCACCAAGAAGGUGUCAAGUCUUCGGCACAGCCUCGACAGCGUCCCAUUCCUGUUCCACCUAAGCCCAGUUACGACCUGUCGUCUCUCGAGCAAGAGCGUCGCAUGCUCCGUGGAGAAUGGCAAAGAAACCAAGAAGCUCCCCCGGCCCCUGAACGUGCGGAGGAAUUUGAAGAAGAAGGUCCACCUCCGCCUCCACGUCCUCUUCCCCAGCCUGUGGCAGGUAAGCAACCUGUCAUUCCUCCUAGAAAUCUUCCAACCCCACCCACCGUCGCCUCCCGCCCUCUGCCAGACCCGGUAGCGUACAAUGCAAACCGCACUGAUCGCUUCCUGCAUUCCAACCCUGCACCAACAGUCUCGGUCCCGAGGACACACCGCCCACAAGACUAUAGCACUACCUCAGAAGUCGACGCAGAGAACAGCCGGCGUGAGGCCUCACAGCAGAAAACCCGUGCCGGUGGCUGGGCCUCCAAGUCUCUCCUCGAGCGUGAAAUGGAGCGCGAGCGCGAGCGCCAGCGCGAAUGGGAAGAAAACCAGAAGCAAACGCAAGCCGCAGCGCGCGACACCACUCUUGGCUCGGGCCCCGGCCAAUCCUGGGAUAUCCAUCAGUAUGGCUACAUGGGCGGUGAUAAUCAGAACCGCGGCGGUGUUGGCCUUGGCGUUGGAGGUGCUCGACGCCAGAUCAUUGGCCCUCGUCCUCCUCCAUAA